UCAAGGUAAGGGUAGUCAUGGAUUGGAUCCCAGUUGAGGAGGUGCUCAAGCACUUGCCAGCAGUUGCUUUGUGGCGCGCGAGAGCCGUGUGCAAGAAAUGGAAGGAUCUCAUAGAGACACCGGGAUUUGCUGCUAUUCACUACAGACAACACUUGAAUCGUAGUCCUCCUCAUGUUUUGGGUCAAGAUCUGGAUAGUGAAGGGCCUCUUUUCAGAUGCAAUCCCUUUGCGGGGCAAGAAGCAAGUGAUUGGGUUCUCAUGGAGCAUAACAUGGAUCGUGUUUUGAACUCUAGCGGUGGUUUGAUACUUGGGAUGAGAGGAAAAGAUUUUAUGGUCUGGAAUCCUCUCACUGGAGCAUCUAAGAUGCUCCCGCCACUUUGUUUGGAUGGUGAACCAUGUUCUAAGGAGACUGCAAUGGGGAUGGAUUCCUUUGGACAGUGCUAUUGGGCCUGUGUACUUAGAGAGGUGGAGCAAGGAGUCAUGAUUUAUAUAUAUGAUUCAGGAAAAACAGGAAUGUGGAACAAAGUUCUGGUGGAUAGUGACACGUUAUUUGAUACAAUUAUUAGGGAUAACAAAUUAUAUGUAUAUUGCACAAGGUUUUCAGGGGAUGUUGAAGUGUGGUGCCUAAAUUUGUGUGAUGGCAACUUAUCUAAUCUUGUGAUAACACGGGACCAUCGUGGCUAUCGUAUGACAGAUGAAUAUUUUUGCUUUGAUACCCUUGUAGUAACAGCAAAAUCCUUAUUUGUGACAACUGCAACCGAGUCUACAUGUUACUUAUUGAAACUGGAUUCUACAGGUUUUGUUGAAGAAACUACUCAUCAAUGGAACGAUAUUGUGGAACCUGUAUGUAUGGCUUAUAACAACAUACUUUUGAUUGCACAUCCAGAUUUUUUGGCUUUGUACAACUACCAAACAAAAACAUGGAGAAGAAAUGAUAUUCAAAGGGUUUGUAGGGGGUUUCAAAAUAUAUUUGGGUUUGUGCUAGGAUUAUGCCAUGUUUGAUUUUGGCAUGAUUUUCAAGAAUUUAAAUCUAUUCUAGUUUGGAAGUUUUUGGUUAAGCACAGGACAUUCAGGAGAAUAAUUAUCUCAGACAGCUUUCCAAAUGAAAAAGCAAAUGCAAUCUAGAAAGAAUAAUUGUUCUUGGCUUGAUCUUUCGUUUUUCUCGAAGGACCAAAAUGUUCCCUCCGAUAGACAAGGAAAUGCUUUGAGAAGACAAACAUAGUUUCGCGACUUUGAAAAGCUUCAACCCUCUCGGAGAUCUGUUCGGGAAAGUUCCCGACGCAGCCAUUGCUUUCCGGGGCGGGCUUUAAGGUCACUCCACACCUAUUGGUAUGUUCGGUUAUUUUGAAACCCUAGGUUUUGCGACAGGCCAUGGCUCACAAUGGCAAGUGUGGAAAGUGCUUCAUAGAGAUGUUGCUCUGGUGCUGCACCUUGGCGCGAAUCGCGUUGCGGUCCAAGCGAGGAACCGAAACCUUCAAAAAGAAAAAAGCUCGCCAGGGAUACCCCAGUUUGGUUUUUCCGUCUUGGGCGCCUGGCGUCAAGACACCAAUCAUAGUUUUGAUUUUCAAGCUUGGGCCUGCUGGCAAGCUGGAAGUAUUUUUUUCCAGAGAAGAACUAGGGACUUGGUGGAUGCAGAUAAUCUCUACAUUUUGCGCUUCUAACGCAGAGUUAUUCAGAAAUUCUUUGAGUUCUACCUGACUGGAAGAGAUGUCCCCCAAUUUAUCCGUCCAAGAGCUUUGUUUCUCGUCCCUUUGCUCUAGGGAUUAUCCAAUGCUUUUUUUAGUUGACAAACUUGUUUCCUUCUGCAAUAUCCAAUCACGAAAAGGGGAUUGAAGAAUUUUAGUCGAUCACUUUGAA